AUGACACGAAUCUUUCUUACAGGCGCCUCGGGAUACAUUGGCGGGGAUAUCCUGCAUGCCCUCGCAUCUGCGCAUCCAGAAUAUGAGUGCAGUGUCUUGGUUCGAGACAGCGCCAAAGCGGCUGCGGUCUCGAAGGCAUAUCCAGAUGUCCGUACUGUUUUGGGAGAUCUUGACUCCUCAUCGCUCAUAGAAGAGGAGGUAGCUCAUGCCGAUAUUGUUAUCAACGCUGCCAGCAACAGGCAUAUGAAAAGUGCCAAAGCAAUUGCCGCUGGUCUGGCUCGCCGCACUGGAUCCAAGCCUGGCUACUGGAUCCAAAUUUCUGGCGCGACUGUUCUCGCAAUUCCUGAUAUUAUCAACGAACGUUUCGGAGAGAGAAGUGAUAAGGUUGUCAGUGAUAUCGAUAAUGCCGAUGAGAUUCGUGAAAUCGUUCGUCAGAACGCUGACCGGCGAGUGUUGGAUAAUUUUAUUCUCAACAAUGUCAACGGCCCGAAAACGGCUCUGAUAUUUGGACCGAUGAUCUAUGGCCAGGCGAGAGGGCCGGUCAAUCAGCGAAGCGUGCAGGUCCCCGAACUGGUAAGAGUCACUCUGCAGAACCGGGGUGCUGUGCAAGUCGGUAAGGGUGAAAGCACAUGGAGUAAUAUCCACAUCUUCGACUUGACUGAUAUUGUCAUACGACUGGUUGAGAAGGCCGUUAAGGGUGAGGAUAGUGGUCUCUGGAAUCAGGAUGGGCUGUAUUUCACGAGCAACGAUAGGGACAACGACCUGCUGAGCUUUGGAACGGUCUCACAGCUUGUGGCUCAGGCGGCGCAUGGCCUCGGCCUAGCGGACUCGGCGUCGGUCAAGAGCAUCAGCUAUGAUGAGGCAGAAAAGCUGUCUGAGCAUGCCGGUAUCCUUUGGGGCACCAAUGCACAGCAGCGCUCUCAGCGUGCUUUACAGCGUCUGGGGUGGGCUCCAAAGGCCGACUCUCUGGAAAAGGAUAUCCCCGCAAUAAUUCGUGCUGAAGCAGCUCGUCUGGGUUUGGUGUAG